AUGGCCGACGACGCGCAGCAUGAGCACACCUUCGAGAGCGCCGAUGCCGGUGCCUCCACCACCUACCCCAUGCAGUGCUCUGCGCUGAGGAAGAACGGUUUCGUCGUCAUCAAGAACCGUCCCUGCAAGAUCGUCGAAAUGUCCACCUCCAAGACUGGCAAGCACGGUCACGCCAAGGUCCACUUGGUCGCCAUCGACAUCUUCACCGCGAAGAAGCUCGAAGAGCUGUGCCCGUCCACCCACAACAUGGAUGUCCCCAACGUCCGCCGCCAGGAAUACCAGCUCCUCGACGUUACUGACGACGGUUUCCUCUCCCUCAUGUCUGACGACGGCUCCACCAAGGACGAUGUCAAGCUUCCCGAUGGCGAGGUUGGUGACAAGAUCAGCAAGCUCUUCACUGAGGAUGGCAAGGACACCAACGUUAUCGUUCUCACUGCUAUGGGUGAGGAGGCUGCCAUUGAUGCCAAGGAGGCUCCCAAGACUGGUUAG